AGAUGCGGUCCGCGCGCGGCAUCCGCGCAACGCCGCUCUGCAUCCAUGGGAUCGCGGGGGGGGGAGUCAAGACCGCGAGUCAGUGGAUGUGGAUGCGUUUAUCGCUCCCGAUAGGGGGCGGAGACGACGCGGGGUGAGUAAUCGCACGCCGUCUGUUGACCCUGAAGAGGUCGGCGGAUCCUGUACGAUGCUGCUGAGCCCAAGGAGGAAAUUCAUCAUCAAGCGGAUAAUAACUGGCUUUCCAGUCUUUGUGCUUACCAAGGCCGCGUCAAAGUCGCCUCUUCCCCCACAUGGUGGGUUAUUGUGAUUUACAACCUAAUCUUAUUCCUUGCCCUCGAGUGGCAUGGCGACGAACUGCAGGAGCGUGAUCCAACCGGUUUCGUAAUGCAUGCGCGAGGGCUGUCCUUUACCCCACUGCGGCUGAUGUCCGUGGGCCUCAUGUUCUUGCUCGUCUUCCGCACGCAGAGCGCAUACAACAAAUGGCUCGUCGCAAGGAAUUCGUGGGGUAAGAUGACCGUCGCCUGCAGGGAUAUUGCUUCGAAUGUCUCGAACUACUGCCACGACCUGGACGCGGUGACCGUCGUAUGCCGCUACCUGAUCUUGUAUGUGAUCAGCAUCCGCUCAUGGCUUCGCCAGCGGGAACUGUCAGCCAAGCUGAUCGGCAGACUUGUUACACCCAGGCUGCUGGAAAUGCUCGCCAAUGCCCGUGACGAAUCAACCGGCGCCGUCGCGAUUUCACAACACCGCAGGCGUAUUGUGGAUGAUGAUUCGCUGGGAUGGCAGUUCAAGAGUGUGGCCUAUCCUCUGGUUAUGAUCGAGAGCCUACGUGCAAUUCUGCAAUUCCUUUGUGAGCACAAAACCAUUGCACCCUUUCAGGGCUCGCUGGAGGCGAGCCUGAGGGUCAUGGUUCAAUGUCUGUGCGAGAUGGAAGCCGUACAGGAUACAGAGCUCCCGUUGUCAUACAUAAUUCACAUACGGACGACCAUUGCUGUGUUCUUUCUGGUCACCCCAUUUUUCUUGACAGAGGAUUCUGGCUGGUUUGGUCUUGCGUUUAUCCCGGAUUAUCGUUUUCUCUUACAUGCUCCUUGGCCUGGAGAAUUUGGCCGAGGAUUUGUCGAACCCGUUCGGGCGAGACAGCAACGACCUUCCGACUGACAUCUACGUAUGCAAGAUCGCCAGAGACAUCAGCGAUUCAAUGCAGAAAAGGUUGCGCCCGCGGGCGAAACGAGCCUUGAGCGACGAGCUGUAGGAGGAGGGUAUACCGACAUUACAUUUGUAGUGCCGCGGGGCCCAUUUCGAAUCAGGAAGGGGUUUGGGUUUUAGAUAGCGAUGUCAGCAUUUGCGAAGACCGCAAUGCCGAAGCGUGUUCGGCCGGCGGCGUUUGCCUGGUGAGUGAUGCUCGGGCAUUUGCAUUGCCGAGUUCUUCUGAUUGCAAGGCACGUGGAGGUGCUUGCCAGCAGCCUGGAACCUCCAUCAACGACGCGCGUGCAGCCAUGACGAUGAAAUAAGGAGCAGUUGGGGCUCAGAAGUGGCUCGCUGUUUCUUCUUUCAUUGUUCAUCCUCUACCGCUCCCCGUGCACCCGGCUGCUUCUGGGGCCCCAAAGGGACGUCGGUGCUUCUUGAGCGUUCCGCACGCUUGAAGCUUUACGUCCGCGCGGCUCUUUCUGGUGGUGGCGCAGAUGGUCGGUCCGAGUCAGGGCCCCCCUUUGCGCUCAACAAGUGCAUGCAAAAGCAGCGCCCUCUUGUGCAGCCUGCGAGCUUCCGUGUCCAAAACAAGGUCGAUCAUUCCAACGCCUCCGUCUCCCAGGCGGCAUCCUUGAG